AUGAUCCCGCACGCCCUCGGCCCCGGAGACGUCUACACACACAACCCUUCCACAUACACUUCUCGACCCCAGCACAGCGACUACUCUCUAAAUCACACGAAACACGUACAACCAUCCAACAUUUCCUUCGACCGACUCCCAGUAGCUUCCUUCGUCAAGACGAAGUUCACCACCACUAUCUUCACGGUCACUACUCUCUUGGUAGUCACCGUGUCCGCCGCUCCGACUCCUCACUUUGGUGGCCCCUUUGAGGCCCGUCAGUGGGGCGGCGACCUCAAGGCCGGCGACAAGCGCGCUCCUAAAUUCCUCGGCCAGAUUGAGCACGGAAAGAAGCACAAGCUCGAGGGUGCUCUCUACGUGCCUUCCGGGCCGGCUAAAUCUGUUGUCGAGCGUCAGUUCGGUGGCCAGGUUGAGGGCGAAAAGAAGCACAAGCUCGAUGGCGCCCUCUACUCGCCUUCCGGGCCGGCCAAACCUAUCGUCUUCGAGCGUCGAUUCGGUGGAGAGACCGACAUGCGCCAGUUCGGAGCCUUCAUCCACGAGCACGCGUUCAAGAAGGGCUCCGAGGCUGAUGCGGAGCGUUAG